CUCUGACGUCACUCGAGGAAGCGCAAGCCCGCAGCCAUGUCGGUCGCCGCAGAUUCGCCAUAAUCCCCGUCCGGCAGCUUCUCCCGUCGCCAUUCCAGAGCGGCCGCAAUUAAUAUUUAUAGAGGUCGGGGCCGGCUUUUUUCUCCCCCUUUCUUUUUUUAAAGGCUCCUUCCCGCCCUUCCAGGGACUCAGGAAAGGCGCAUCGGCGGACGGCGCUUUCCCGAAGGGACGGAAGUGCGCCAAUCUUCCUUUUUUUUUUUUCUUUUUCUCUUUCUCGCAAUUCAAAAGGAAAUACCCGGAUCUUUUUCUUUUUUUUUACUUCCCGCUCCGCAAUCCCGGGCUGCCAUGGAGUCUCCUUCGGCCGGCAACAGAUCCAUCUUCAUGUGUAAGCUGUGUAAUCUCUUUUCCCCCAACCAGUCCGAAUUGCUGUCUCACGCCUCUGAGAAGCACUCAGAAGAUGGGACGAAGGUGGACGAAAUCAUUGUCCUGCUCAGGCCUCUCACGACGCCCGCCGAUCUGAAUAAAAACGGAGAAGAACUGCUUGUAGUAAAGAGGAAGAGAGGAAGACCCAAAGGAUCAACCAAGAAAUGUUAUGUUGAAGAAGAAUCAGCUGAAAGCGCUACCUCUGCUCCCAGUGAAGGUGUCCAACCAGGACCUGAAGAAGGAGGAGAACUGGUGGAUGUUCACGCAGACAACUUAGAAUGCCGGAAGUGCAACCGGAAGUUCUCUAAUUCUCGACAGCUACGAAAGCACAUCUGUAUUCUUGUUAAGAAUGAAGACUUGGAAGAAGAAGAUGAUUCAGGUAAUGAUUCUGAUGUUGACCUUGACAGGAGGGAAGAUGAGCGAGAAAAACCAUCCAAGAGGCAGCGGGUACAAAGAACUGAGAAAAGUCUUUCUUCAAAAGAAGCAGACUCAGGAGCUAAGAAUCCUAUCAUAAGUGUGGUUUUGACAGCCCACGAAGCAAUUCCAGGUGCCACAAAGAUAGUCCCUGUGGAAGCAGCUUCCCCCCAAAAUGAGCCGCCCGUCAACUCAGAAACCUCUGUGGCAGACUCAUCUCAGCGAAGAGGUUAUCAGGAAUAUGCCAUUCAGCAAACUCCUUAUGAGCAACCAAUGAAAUCAAGCAGGUUGGGAGCCACUCAGCUGAAGAUUUUCACCUGUGAGUAUUGCAACAAGGUGUUCAAGUUCAAGCACUCCCUUCAGGCCCACCUGAGGAUCCACACCAACGAGAAGCCCUACAAGUGCUCCUUCUGCAGCUACGCCAGCGCCAUCAAAGCCAACCUGAACGUCCACCUGCGGAAGCACACGGGAGAGAAGUUCUCCUGUGAUUACUGUCCCUUCACCUGCCUGAGCAAGGGCCACCUUAAGGUCCACGUGGAGAGGGUCCACAAGAAGAUCAAGCAGCACUGCCGCUUCUGCAAGAAAAAAUACUCGGAUGUCAAAAACCUGAUCAAGCACAUCAAGGAAGCCCACGACCUGCAGGACAAAAAGGUGAAGAACGUCUUCGACCAGCUCCGCUUGAUGACCCGGGAAGGCAAGAGGCAACUUUUGUACGACUGCCAGAUCUGUGAACGCAAGUUCAAGAACGAACUGGAUCGCGACCGGCACAUGCUGGUCCACGGGGAUCAGAGACCCUUUGCUUGCGAGCUCUGCGGCCACGGAGCCACCAAGUACCAAGCUCUGGAGCUCCACGUCCGCAAGCACCCUUUUGUGUACAUUUGCAGCGAGUGCUCCAAGAAAUUCGUCAGCUCCAUCAGGCUCCGCUCGCACAUCAAAGACGCACACGGGGAAUUGCCGGAGAUGUCCGUUUUUAAUAAUUCCAUCAAUCAGAGCUUCUGCCUGCUGGAACCCGGAGGAGACAUCCAACAGGAAGCCCUUGGAGAGGAACUGUCCCAGACGGCUGCUGAACUGUCGCUUCUAAACUCCAACGCACUCUGCGUAGUAAAAUCUAUUUGCAUGGGAGAAGGAAAUGCCAUUGAGGGAAGCUGUGAAAAUAAUAACCCAGCGGAGAGUUUGGGGACACCUCCUGCUCUCCUUUUGGAUUUUGAAAGCCCAUCAGCAGCACCAAACACACCGGAUCCCAUGUGUGAGCCGCUCACCGAAUUGCUGUCCCCACCUGCUAGCUUGGUCAACGCGUCAGAUAGCUUUUUACAGAAAAACACUCCACCAGAUCCAGAUGGAGAAAAAACCUGUUUGGCCAAAGACCAGCUGCCACUUGACUCUUCAGUGAACGCCCAGUGUGACGUUGAACAACUUUUGGGAGACGAAAACUCCACAUUGAACCAGAAAUGCCAAGGUCCAGAGAGUGUUCCUGACACCCAAGAAGAGAGCCAGUCCAUUUGUCUUGAUCAUCAGGUAGUCAACCACUCAACCCUUGAAAAGAACGAGACCUCCAGUUCCCUUCCCCUUCUAGAAUCCAGUGUAGAGUCUCACCAGAAUCCAGAGUCUGGUCCUCAACCUUCAGAGGAUCAAACUGGAGCUGCGGCCUUUAUGCAGAUUUUGGACAACCUGCAGAAACAACAAAUGAAUACUGCCUUGUGCGAGAAGAUCAGGAAGGUCUACGGAGACUUGGAAUGUGAAUACUGUGGCAAGUUGUUUUGGUACCAGGUACAUUUCGACAUGCACGUCCGCACGCACACGCGAGAGCAUCUUCAUUACUGUUCUCAGUGCAACUACUCCUCCAUCACCAAAAACUGUCUUAAGCGCCAUGUCAUCCAGAAGCAUAGCAACAUUUUGCUGAAAUGUCCCACCGAAGAUUGCGAUUAUUCAACCCCGGAUAAGUACAAACUCCAGGCCCAUCUCAAAGUGCACUCGGAAUUGGACAAAAAGAGUUAUUCCUGCCCUGUGUGUGAGAAAUCAUUUUCUGAAGACCGACUUAUAAAAGCUCAUAUAAAGACAAACCAUCCAGAGGUGUCUAUGCACACGAUUUCCAAGAUUGUUGGCAGGAGAGUUCAGCUCAAAGGACUUAUCGGAAAACGAGCUGUGAAAUGUCCUUAUUGCAAUUUUUAUUUCAUGAAGAACGGAUCGGAUCUCCAGCGUCAUAUUUGGGCUCAUGAAGGGAUCAAGCCGUUCAAAUGCUCUCUAUGCGAAUACGCUACUCGCAGCAAAAGCAACCUCAAAGCUCACAUGAAUCGCCACAGCACCGAGAAGACGCACCUGUGCGACAGGUGCGGGAAGAAGUUCAAAUCGAAAGGCACCUUGAAGAGCCAUAAACUCCUUCACACCGCUGAUGGAAAACAGUUCAAGUGCACGGUGUGUGAUUAUACGGCGGCCCAAAAGCCACAGCUUCUGAGGCACAUGGAACAGCACGCCUCCUUCAAGCCUUUCCGCUGCGCACACUGCCAUUAUUCCUGCAACAUAUCUGGUUCCCUCAAACGACAUUAUAACAGGAAACAUCCCAGUGAAGAAUACGUUAAUGCAGGCUCUGGUGAAUUUGCAGCGGAAGCCCUUCUCCAACAAGGUGGUAUCAAGUGUCCUGUAUGCAACUUUGUGUACGGCACAAAAUGGGAAUUCAACAGGCACCUCAAAAACAAACACGGACUUAAAAUAAUGGAGCAGGAUGCAGAGCAAACCACAGAAAUUCCUGAAGAACCCUCUACGCAGUACCUUCAUAUCACCGAAGCCGGAGAUCUGCAAGGGACUCAAGCUGCUGUGGCCACCUUGCAAGACCUAAGAUUUACCUCAGAGAAUGGAGGAAGGCUUGAUGCCACGGCUGUCAACAUCCUUCAGCAAAUCAUAGAGCUGGGAUCGGAGCCCCAUGACGGCGCUGCUCUAGCUUCUGUGGUUGCCAUGGCUCCUGGGACUGUCACAGUGGUGAAGCAGGUGACCGAAGAGGAAGAAUCAGCUAAUCACACCGUGAUGAUUCAGGAAACUUUGCAACCGGCUUCAAUGGAGUUGGGCGAGCAGCACCAUUUGGUGGUCUCCUCAGAUGACAUGGAAGGCAUUGGGACAGUGACCGUUUAUACUCAGGGUGGAGAGGCCUCGGAACUGAUUGUUUAUGUGCAAGAAGCCCUGCAGCCGAUGGAAGUGCAGGAAGAAGCUGGACAGGAUAUCUAAAUCAAGUCUUCUGGGCAGGAACUCGAGAGAUCACAGCCUCUUAUUCCACCGAUCCCAAUACCUUCUUCAGGGAUCAAAUUAGCAUCCUGAACAACAUCUGUGCGAGGAGACUUCAGCCAAACCAACCAGGAGGAGUGAUCAUCUGGCAAAGCGCCACAGGGCUCGAUAAAACUAUCUGGGCGUGUUGUAGGCACCUUAAGAAGAGGGUAGUGUUUUUAAAAGACUCUUUUAAUCACAGUUUGAAAAGCUUUUUGAGAAUGCUAAAGGACAAUCAGGCAAAAGAGAAAGGCCCAGGCAAGCUGCUUUUAAGGAUAAAGCUCCAUAGCUUAUUUCUUCCCUUUGUUGGCUCCCUAGAUUGCUUCUAGGAAGAAAUUGGCCUUUUUUUUAAUCUUCUAAAGGAGCUUUGCUUUGUGAGUUUUGAAAAAACCCAGAACGUGAUUUGAGUUUUUGAAGACUCAAGAAUGUUAUCUUGAAGGAACUGGCUUCUCUUAGAUCGUUCAUCUUUUAAUUUCUUCUCCUUCCAGUUUCUCGAGGAUGCAAAACUGCCACCGUAGUUUUUCCCAGAUGCCCUGGUUCCUAUUAGAAAGGAAAUAUUUAAUUGUCACCAUGUAUUUGAGGCACAUAAAUCGUAAAUAAUUUGAGAAGGCUGGGGAGGUUAUAAGCAUCCUUGAAUUUUUAUUUUUCUCCCUGUUCCUCUUUGCAAGAUUACAACAGGGUUUUCAGAAGUAUAACAAAAUGUGUACUUUUUUUUUUCCCUGAGCUUGGCCACUCUAUUUCUGAUUGAUGUUCAAUACUGCUGGGUUAUGUGUGCCUCAUAAUACAUAAUGAAUGCAAUUUUGAGCCAUAGAGAAGUAAUUUAGCAUCAAGAAAGCUGUGAAAACCAGAGUGAUAAAGUGGAAUUUGGGUCCUGUUUCCUUGUCUGACAAAUAUUUGAGCAUUUCCUUCAUGAAAAGCCCAGUUCUGUAGCCAAAGCUCACAUCCAUUAUGGUUAAUCUGUCUUUACAAAACUAAACAAUUUGCCAUGAAAUACAUUGGCCACCAGGACUGGUCUAAAGGAAGGCCUAAUUUUUACUAAGCCUUCUUGAAGAGUGGGAUAAAUGGAGGCUAGGAGGCUCAAGCAAAAUUGCAAUAGGUAUUUUGUCCAUGUUUCUAAGAAGUAUUCCCCAAUGGGGUGAACAUUCUGCUAUCCAUGAAGGAAGCCAGACUGUUUCCAGCAGUCCAGUCUAUUCUAGUUGCAAUCAUGCUGGUUGGGGGAUUCUGGAAGUUGGAAGUCCACAAGUUUUAAAGUUGCCAAGGUUGGACAUCCCUAAUUUAUGGGGAAACAUUGCUUCUCAGUUUGCUUAGGGG